AUGAACAAUAAUUAAACUUUUUGGACUCUACUUGUAAUAUAAAUUAAUAAACUAUUGAUAUUGAAACUUAAUAUGUAAUUGAAUCCAUAAGAGCAUCAAUAAGUUUUAAUAAAUCAAUUAAUAGUUUUGACGUAGAUUCUUUAAAAUUUAAUAUAGAUCCAUAAAAGCAGGAAGACCAUAUUAAUAAAAUAUUAAUAUACUGUAAAACAGAAAAUCUAGAGCAGAAUUUAGCCUAUAGAAUGAGAAUUAAAAGCUUUUUGUGUCAAUUAGGGGAAUUUUAUUUUUUUCUGGAUGUCAAAAAUGUUAAUCAGAAUAAGGAUCUUAUUCUGUUACUUAUAAUAGUACAAAAUGUUCUGUUUUUGAUAAAAAUAAAUUUGAAGCCAUAACAUCUAAUAAAAUUUAAUUAGAAUCUGGAUUUAGGAGGCCUAGUUAGAUUACUGAUAAUGUAGAAUUAUGCUAUAAAAAUUGAAGUCUUUGUUUGGGAGGAUGGAAUUUUGGCGAUGAUUUAUGUUAUAAAGGACAUAUAGGAGGAUUGUGUGAAGAAUGUGAUAGAUUUAAUGUAAGAGGAGAAGGAUAAUUCUUUAAAAACUAUUAACAAUUGGAUUGUAAAUAGUGUGAAUAGCUUUUAAAGGGAAUAAUAGCUUUUUUCUAAUAUCAAUAUGGUAAAUAUGAUUAAUAUUUUGUUAGGGCAAUCCUUCUACUUUAUUAACUAGUCAAAAAUAUUGAAAAAACUAAUUAACUAUAUGUAUAUUUAAAGCCUAGAUCAAAUUAAAAUUUUGCUGAAUUUUUGUUUAAACUCAAUUAAGGUAUUAUAAAUUUUUAACAUUAGAUCAUGAAAGCAUUUUACUAAAAUUAUUUUUAAAUUAUUUUUGUGUUUUUUCUCUCAUUUUUACAUUCAAUAUUUAUUUUUCAAUCUCUUUAGAUUUUGUAAAACCCUCAAAUGAUACUUCAUUUUUAUGGUUAAUAAUUUUGAAUAUUUUUUAGCUGAAAUUUAAGUUAUCUAAUUAAUUUAUUGUAGAAUUUUAAUAAUGUUCGGACUUAUGCUUUUUAGAUAUUAAUUAUCUUUUUUGGAUUUUAACUACUAUAAAUUUUAGAAUAGAAUUAUAUCUAAAAUUAUGUAUCCUUGAUUAAUUAGAAAAAUUAUUAUAUUUUUUAGAUUUAUUUCAAUUUUGGCAAUUCGAAAAAUAUCAGAUUAAAACUAUAUAUCAGGUGAUGAAUCUCUAAUUUAUGAAUCUAAAAAUCAUAUCUCAUGGAUUUAUGGAUUUUUAAUUCCUGGAUAUAUUAACAUAAUAAAAUAAAAUUUAGAAGACAUAUAGGAUUUUUAUUUAAUGA